UGAAGUCAGUGUGUUGACCAAGCCCUGGUGCGGCCCUUAAACAGAGGAAGUGUCUUACUUAAAGGAUUUUGUUUUUUAACGUGUUUUUAUCAAAUUUCAUGAUACUCAGUGGAUUUGCUCAGAAAGAUGGCGCUGAAGGAUAUGUCAGUGGUAGCACUCUUCAUAUUUCUUGGGAUACUGGGUUCCACCAAUGGACAGCAAAACUGUCAAUCCUGCUACCAGCUGGACCUGAGUGCCAUAGUCGGGAUCAUUGUCGGUGACAUACUCCUCACUGUUCUCAUUGCACUUUCUGUCUUCUACUUCACCAGCCGUCUGAAUAAAAGUCGCUUGGAGGCUAUCAAAGCUCAAGGGGGCCUCAAACUUAAAGAAAAAGAGGAUAAAGAUGAAUCACCUUACCAGGAACUACAAGGAGCCAGAAGUGACAUAUAUAGUGACUUAAAGCUUGAAGCCAAAUAAGCAAAAGUACAAGAACAUCCAGAAAAUAUGUAAUUCUAAAGAACAUCUGUAAACUGCACAUCAGAGACCACUUUUUGUAAAUAGUAUGUGCAUUUCUAAAUCUUUUUGGUUGUUUUGUAUUAUAGAGUGCCUUAGACAGAUAUGUAAAUGUAUAGAAUCCUACUAUUCAUUCAUUGGCAAAACUAUCAUACAGCCGUUGCUAUGAAUGUGCUUUUGUUUUAUUUUUCUUUGUGUUUUUGAGUUGUUAGCUGUUGCUGUCUGCAGUUAAAUUAUACCUCAGGAAAUAUAUUUUAAUUAAUUAACUAUACAAAAAUAUAACAAGGGAUAAGACAAAAAUCACAAAAAAUAGGAUAAAUAAAAAUGUGUUUUAAAUAUUUUAAACAGGUGAAUUUGCAAGGUAAGACAUACUCCAACAGUUACAUGCAAUACAAUAGAUGUAAAGUGUUGUAUAGCAUUAGGAAGGUAAUGCUGCAUUUUUGGCACCAUCCUGAUUAGAACCCAAAAUAUUUAUGAAAAGCACACUACAAUAUGAACUAUUCUGUGUAUAAGACUGAAAUGUGUAAAGUCAAAGGGGUGUAGGAUGGGGACUCAUAUGCAAUAAAUGUAAUGAAUUUCCUGUUUCAUUAUAUGUUUAUUUUGCUUCUGUUUUUUUACAACAAAGUGCAUCC